UUGGGCCGGGUAAGGGCGGGAGAAGCCAUUGAGGAGCUGAGGGAGAGAACGUUCCCGGAGUUUAUCACCGCCCGUUCCGGGUGGGGGGCGGGGUUAGUGUGACGUCACGGAGCCGCUGAUUGCGUCACGGUGGCGUCAUACCGCAGGAGGAGCGCGGAAACAAGAACGUUUCUCUUUAUUCUGCAGCCUGCAGAACCCUCCAAUGUCGCUGAGGAGGAGGGAAGUGUUAUUCAGAGUCAACUCUUUGAAAGGAUAGAUAAUAGCAAGACAAGGGGAAAUGGUUUUAAGUUGAGGGAGGGAAGGUUUAGGUUGGAUAUCAGGGGGAAGUUCUUUGCUCUGAGAGAGGUGAGGUGCUGGAACAGCUGCCCAGAGAGGCUGUGAUGCCCCAUCCAUCCCUGGAGGUGUUGGAGGCCAGGUUGGAUGGGGCCCUGGGCAGCCUGGGCUGCUGUGAAAUGUGGAGCCCUGCCUGCGGUGGAGGGGUUAGAGCUUCAUGAUCCUUGAGGUCCCUUCCAACCCGGGCCAUUCUAUGAUUCUCCUGAGGGGAGAGAAACGUCCACUUCAGAACAGCUGUAACUUUGCCUUUCCCCUCUUCUUUUUCCAGGCACAGAACAUGGCAGAGUGGCCAAGGCUGCUGACCUUGGCCCGCCAAGGAAAGUUGAAUCUUUUGGAGGCUGCACUGAGGGAUGGAGCUGCCACCAACCUACGCUGUGACCGCUCUGGGGACACACUGCUGCACGUGGCUGCUCGCCACGGCCACCUCCACCUUCUGGUUCUGCUGCUGGAGACACUGGGCAUGGAUGUGGAGGUUGCCAAUGGGGACUACAAGAGACCCCUCCACGAAGCAGCCUCCAUGGGGCACAGGGAGUGUGUCUCCUACCUCCUGGCCAAGGGAGCCAGCGUGGAUUGUCUGAAAAGGGCUGAUUGGACUCCCCUAAUGAUGGCUUGCACCAGGCAGAACCUGGAGGUGAUCAAAGAGCUUGUGGAGCACGGAGCCAACCCGCUGCUGAAGAACAAGGAUGGUUGGAACUGCUUCCAUAUUGCAAGCAGGGAGGGCCAUCUCCAGGUCCUCCAGUACCUGUUGGCUGUGUCCCCAAGUAGCUGGGACACAGAGAGCACCAUCAGGAGAACACCACUGCACACAGCAGCAAUGCACGGCUGUUUUGAUGCUGUGGAGCUGCUCCUGGAGCGGUGCCAGUACAAACCUGACAGCAGGGACAAUUGUGGAGUCACACCCUUUAUGGAUGCUAUCCAGAACGGGCAUGUCAACAUUGCUCGACUGCUCCUGGAAAAACACCAGGCUUGUCCCACAGCUGUGGAUGCUCUGGGUGCUCAGCCUCUGCAUCGGGCAGCAGUCACAGCACAGGAUGGAGCCAUCCAAUUCCUUGUCUCUGAGCUGGGUGUCGAUGUCAAUGGGAGAGCAACAGCUCUACAGCUGACAGCACUGCACUACGCAGCCAAGGCAUUACAAAUGCUGGAGCAAUCCUUGAGGAAGUAUGGAUGUCUGAAGGUACUGCAGAUAGAAGCACAGCAGGGCACGUCAGCAGCAGGUUCUUCUCUCUGAGCCGAGAUGCACCUCAAGAAGAGCAGCUGUAGAUCUCCAUAAUACUUGCAGUAAAUUUACAGCAUGGAACAACAGCAGUUCUAUGGUGACAUUGUCCUUUUAAUAAGCAGCCAGCUGUCCUUUAUUAAAGGUAAGUCAGGGAUCCUAGGGCUCUGUGGUUAGCAGGAGUUAAAAGCAUUUUAAUUGAGUUACUCGAUGGGAGGAGAGGAAAAGGCAGGAUCUGUUGACAUAUCAGUGCACUAAUUUGCUAUUAAGAAACAUCUUUAGGUCUUGUCACCCAGUGCUAAGUCAGAGGUCAUUUGUGCAUUAACUCCUUUGUAGCCAUCAGCAAAAGCAAAACUGCUCUGGGAGAUGGUCCUCCUCUGAGUCUUUAGCUGUACCACCACCACCAGGGGCAUCCCUGCACGGUAGCAUCAACUUAAGUACUUGCAUUGCUUUUAAUUUGAAAUUGUGAGGAAAAAAUUGCAGAUUAUGCUCCUGGGAUGCCUCUUGCUUGCUUCUUCUGGGCCUCUGGGUCAAAAUUGCUGGCAAGGGCUUCGCGGGAAGGCUGAGCAAAGGCUGAGCUGAGAGUCCUGUAGCAGCAAUGUGGCCAUGCGUGGGGGCAGUCCCUGGCUAAUGGAAUGGAUCUGCAUAGCUACAAGCAUACAACAAAGAUUUCCAGCUGCCCUAAGAUCCUCUGGGUCUUGUAACAGCUCCUGGUGGUCCCAGAUUUGACCGUGGCAGAUUCACUUUGCAUCUGUGCCUUUUUGCAGGUACCUGGAGAUUGCUUGUGUGGCCUUGUGUGGCCU